AUGAAAAAAUCGGAGCCAAGGAAACCAUCAGAAAAAAAACAGAGCCCACAUUGCCUCCCGGAUAUUCCCCUACCCACACCUCCGCCUAUGGCAAACAUCAUGGUGACUUCAAGAUUUGAUCUCCCUACACGUGGAGGUUGUGGAUACCGCAGGAUUCUGAGCUCCAGGAGCAGCGAUUUUCGGUCUCCAAUGUUCAAUAGACAUACCUUUGACUAUAGGAGUCCACUACUCCCUACUUGGAACCCUGGGAGUUUAAUAGAUGGCCUAGGGUUAUCACCAAUGAUGAGGCACAAGACGUAUGAGAGACAAGAGGACAGAUCCAGGUCUAGCAUGGACCUCAGCAGAGACCAUAGAGGUAACAGGAGUGAGGACGUUAGAAGCAAGUACCUUUCAAAGGAUUCUUUGUUAUUGGAAGAGUUAGAGGAAGUUAAGAAACUUUCGGAAGAGCUCGAGUCCAAGUGCAAUACUACUUCCAACAUCUCAGAGCUAUCUCCUGAGUAUCAGAACAUCUUCUACAAUGACCACUACAUUUCUGAUAUUGAUGAGAAUGAAGAGAUAAAAGAGUUUGUUAGCGGUUACGUAUGUCCUGAGAGGAGAUACUCAGAUCACUCUGACAAAAUGUCGUGCCACAGUAGAGUGUAUAGUUCGUGUAGCACCUUGCCUUCGACAGCUCAAUUGAAGGAGAGGCAGAAAAAUGACAGGAUGAGAAGUUAUGGAAGUAGCAGUUCUAUGAAAAGUUCGGAUUAUUAUAGUAUUUGCACGCCUUUGUUUAGGAGUGGAGGAGAUUUGCGUGAAGAUGUGGGAAACUGCGUGAUGAAGAAUCCUCAGAAACCAUUGGUGAAACUGGCAAAAAUCAGGUGA